UUUCCUCUAAAAAUGGCUUGCGCAGAUGUUGAGUUUAGGUGUUUCGUCGGUGGCUUGGCCUGGGCCACCACCGAACGAACCCUUGAUGAGACUUUCGGUCAGCAUGGCGAGAUUCUCGAAUCGAAGAUUAUCAAUGAUCGUGAGACUGGUAGAUCCAGGGGAUUUGGCUUUGUCACCUUCAAGUACGAACAUUCCAUGAGGGACGCCAUCGAGGCUAUGAAUGGCCAGAGCCUAGACGGUUGUAACAUUACCGUUAAUGAAGCACAGUCUCGCGGAAGCGGAGGCGGAGGCGGAUAUUUCCGUGGUGGUCGCUGUGAGGGCGGAGGCGGAGGCGGAUACGGUCGACGGGAAGGUGGUUAUGGUGGAGGUUACGGUGGUGGCCGUGCCCGUGGAUAUGGUUGUGGCGACCGCGAUUAUGGUGGUUGUUAUUCGAGGGGUGGUGGUGCUUCCGAUGGAAGCUGGAGGAAUUAA